UUUCAUCCCAUUCGAGUCGGUUUCGUCCGCUUGGAGAUCGAUCUCUUUUUUUUCUCUUCUUGAGCUGUGGAAAAAUUUUCCGCUCUAGUGAAACCGCGACAUUUCCGAACCGUCUGGAGCUAAGAGGUGGUGUCUGCUGAUAAAGUUCGAUAUUCGUUGCCAGAGUGAUAAGCCCUAGGAGUUUGAAUUGAGAGCAAAAAUUCGAAGAAUGUGGCAUGCGAAGCCAAAGCCAAUGCCAGCUCAGUGAGGAAAAUUUCCCAUGCCCAUAUAAUUUUAGAAUCGCUUCAAGCUCCACCAGAUCUACCGAGAGUGCACGCCAAGCACUGAAAUGAGACGACAAACCGCGGUUACAUAUCUACGUAUACACAUUUCGAGUCUGCAUAGUUAGUCGGGACAGUACGUGAAAGUUAAUUAACGGCGCUUUGGGCAGGGAGCAGUGGAUUUUAAAAUUCCCGUCGCGGUGGCUGAUGAUAGAUUUGUGAGGCUGCACUGAACAGCUGAAGCUAAGAAGAAUUCGUUAGAAAAAAAAGAAAUGGAAACCUGAUCUUCAAAACCGCAAUAAUAUUUUGUUCCAAAUAUAAAGUGCUUUGUGGAGACCCGCCCGUUCCUGCAGGAGGUGAUAAAUUCAACCAAGGAAAAUAAUCAAAAGCGUUAACGAUUUUGCUUCGCGGGUACGAAACAAGGAAACCGACACUGUUUAUUCAGCAAAUAAUAUUCAUGUUCGGCGGAAAAUUCGAUCGCCGUUUUGACAGGGACCGUGCCAUAAAGUAAAAGGCGGUGUGAAAAUCGGCAGUGAUCGCAUCGAUGACGUCGUCCUACUAGCACACGUUUGCGACUUACUACAUACGAUUUGGACAAGAAUAAGACGACGAAGAAAGUGAGUGAGUGCCUUGGGUGACUGUUAGUGUGAACAUUCACCGAAACACUGCAGUCGAGAGUCGAGAAGCUGCUGGUGGGGGAAAUUCUUGCCCCCCCUAUCGGUGUUCGGGAAAUUACGGGGAAAACAACACGCUCGGACAGUUUGUAAACAGGAAUGCGCACACCGCCAAUACAGCUGAGAUAGACGAUUCUGCCAAACUCCCAUCGGCACCUCAACCAAUGCCGCAACUAUGUCCUCCAGCCGGAAAUCCAGCGGGAACAUCCACAAGAUACGGGAGUUCGAACUCGACAAGGUCACCCUGUCGGAUGAGUUCGACAUCCUGCAGAUCGUCGGCGAGGGAUGGUUCGGCAAGAUCCUCCUAGUCGAGCAUCGUGCCACCGACACGGAGAUGGUACUCAAGCUGCUGCCGAAACCGUUCGUAUCGCUGAACGAUUUCUACAAAGAAUUCCACUUUAGCUUACACCUGGGCGCGCACAAGAACAUCGUCACCACGUACGAUGUGGCGUUUGAGACCGCCGGGUUCUACGUAUUCACCCAGGAAUAUGCCCCCCUGGGCGAUUUGACGUCCAACGUGUCGGACAGCGGGAUUGGCGAGUUGCACACCAAACGGGUCGCCCGGCAGUUGGCUUCUGCCAUCGAUUAUUUGCAUCAAAAAGAGCUCAUCCACCGGGACAUCAAGCUGGACAAUGUCCUUGUCUUCCGGUCAGACUUUGCCCGCAUCAAGCUGUGUGACUUUGGUGAAUCACGCCGCAUCGGGGAGGAAGUGCUCCGCCGGAACGAGUGGCUCCCGUAUAGCCCACCGGAGGUGCUGACGGUGAAAACCGAUGAUAAAUACAAGACUGAUACCGCACACGACGUUUGGCAAUUUGGUAUUGUAUGUUUCGUAUGCUUGACGGGAUGUCUACCGUGGCAAAAGGCCUCCGUAGAUGAUCCCCGGUUCAACAGAUUUCAACUGUGGCACAACGCAACGCUCACAUUUCCAAUGAAGCGCUGUCCGAAGCUGUUCAAGCUGCUUUCGGCGAGGGCGUGCAAAAUUUUCAAAAAAUUCCUCGAUCCCCGACCGGACCGAAGACUGAAGACCUUGAGUGACGUGCAGAAGUAUCUGGACGACCGAUGGCUUGCCAAGAGUGCCGAGAAGGAAAUGGCCGCGAACGAACCGGACGAACUGUGCCCCUCGAUGUAUUCCUUCCACAGCAGCGUGGAUGAGAAGAAUCGCCUCCUCUCGACGUUGGCUCAGUGCGGCAUCGAGACGACGGUCGAUCGAGCGGCGAAAAAGAACCGCAUUCGAGACUGGAUCCAAUCGUCGGUGAUCAUGGAGGAAGAGGAAGAGGACGAUUCAGGAUCCGCAACACCAACGUCGACGGCGUCCCGGACGGCAGUUCCUGGACAUGUCUCGUCGGUAGCGGCCAUGGAGUUGGAAGAGAAGAAGAUCAAUUCAACGGUUAAGGAUGCGUCGCAGAAGCACUUCGAUCCCCGAACUGGUACCGUUCAGCUGAGUCCUAGCGAGAUGGGCUCCAGGAGCGCCAACAAAAUGGAGUAUUCCAAAAGCGAUAGGAAUAAUAACCAGAACGCUUCCAAUAAAGCCCAAGCAAAUGGCAAUAAGUUCAAUUCAGCACGGUUUUACGACGAAUCGGUACCGAUCAACCCGUUAACUCCGAACAACAGCGCCUCAUCGACGUACGGUUUUAUGAAGGCUUUGAACUCGGUAGCGGCCAUCACGGUCCCGGAAAUCAAUGGACGCAACAAGGUUCCAGCUUCCAAGUACCAGGAGUCAGCCGUCCGGGACAGCGGCUAUGGAGGUUCCGUCGACAGUCGUCAGAAGAUGGCGCAAGGUGGAAUGAUCAAACGAUCGCCGGUGCUUUCCAAACGGUCCGCUAUGAUCAAGUCCAACAACAAAACCCACGAGGAGGACGAAGAACUGGGAGAGGACCGGGAGUUUUCUAAUGACUUCGAAGAUCUCGAGUUAGAUCGCGGCUCCUACGAGGGGCUCAACAAAACCAACGGGAAGCAAACGGCCAAAGACAGCCCAUACGAUAGGUUUUUCUUUAGAAGGAAGUGAAUCGGUGUACUUUAGUGAAGCAUGAAUUUUUACAGUUACUCGCGCGCACCGUUUGAAUGCACCUCGUUGUUUUUUUUUAAUAUACAAAAGAAGACAUUUUUACAGUAGUGUUGUCGUGUUUUGUCCAAUUUGUCGCACUGAUGAUGUUCGCGUUACGAGCACACUGUAGCACAGAAUUUGUACUGACUUAUUUAAAUUGUAGAUAGAUUUAUACACCGAUUUGAGCUAAGGCGAGUAGAACCAGUUCUUCAAAGCGAGUUUUCUUCGUUUUCGGAAACGGAUUUAUUUAGAUAGGUAAACAUGUGAAUCAGCCCAAGAGGCCGGCGAAAUUAGUAGAUAAGCAAUAUGACCAAAUCGGAUUUUGACUAUCUGUGUCAGGCUGCUGAAUAUGUAAACUGUACUACACCACUUGAAUUAAGUGAUAACAAUAAAUCAACUGGACAGAAGAA